UGUUGAGAAAUAUUGAUUAUAAAUGAAUCAUUAUGAUUACUUUAAUCCAUUGGAAUCAGAUUCUAAUUCUAGUGAUAUCUAGUAUGAUAAAGAAGAUGAAGACCAUAAGAAAUUUUAAGGCUAGAUGAAGAAAAAACAGAAAGGAAACACAAAGAAUACUUACAUCAAUAAAAUUUCAUCUUUAAUUAAGAUAGCAAAUUCAGAAUAAGUGGAAGAAAAGUAUAAUAAAUAAUAUAUGACAAUAGAGAAGGAAGGAAGUAAGUUUAAGCAAAAUCUGCAAAUUAGCUCUUAGGAUCUAAUAUUGAUAAAGAAGACAAACUGAAAAAAAAUAGAGAGUCUGCAAGAAAUAGCAGAAAGAGAAAGAAAAUUUACCUAGAACUUUUAGAGAAUAAAGUUACAAUAUUAUAAGAACAGUUGGAGAGUUUUUAAAAAGUGAAUGAUUCUACAGCUGAUCUGGCAUUAAACUUGUAAAAUAAAAUAAACUAAGUUAUAUUGUAUAAUAAUUUAGAAAUAAGAGUAAGAUCAGAACAAAAUGAUUUUAUUCUCAAAUUUAUAAAAUGCAGUCUAAAAUAAUGUAAGCGAAAUGAAUAUAGAUACUAUAGUUGAAUCACUUAAUGUAAAAAAAAUAAUUUAAAAAAGAAAAAAUUUGGAGCAGGAUCAUUUGAAAGGCAACAAUAAUUAGACCAUUAUUUUAAUUAAAUUUAUGAAAACUGUCUUUCACCUUAUUUAAAUUAUAUAAUUGGGGCAGCAAAAACAGAAUAAGAUAUAUUUUAAGGAUAAAAUACCAAUUCUGAAACUGGGAUAUUAAGAAAUUUGAAAUUAACAGACAAAUAAAAAUAGAUUAUUUUAAAGAAACAUAAAAAGCUAUUGAGAUUUUAGAGUGAUCUUACAAAGUUGUGUUAAAAUUUAUUUUUAGCACUUUAUCAUCUUUCUAAGAAAUUAAAAACUAAAUAUAGAUAGAAUUGAGUUCGUAUGGUUAAACUUUAGAGUAAUUAAGAAAAGAGUUAAAGCCUAGUUAAGUAGGGAAAUUCCUUAUUGAAAUUGAAAAAAAAGAUAUGCAGCAUCAUUUUAGAGAAUAAUUUGAAAAAUAUUUUGGUGCAGAAAUGGAUGAAGAAGAUUCUUUAGAUUUAUAUCAAUUUAUGGUUGACCAUAACUGUUGUAAUAAUCUAGGAAUCGAUAUUUAAAAUACGUAUCAUAUAUAUAAACAAUCAAAAUUAUUUUUAAGUAGAAAGUAUGAAUUAGAUGAUUAGAAAUAACAAUAAGAAGAAUGA